AAAAUGUACGUUUGUCUUUCGCAACCGAGUUGUGGUCGCCUCUUGAUAAGAGAGGGAAGUAGACGUUCACACUUGAGUAGUUCCUCUCCACUUGUGUAGUGAACCAAGGUGGAAAGCGUGGAAGCAACCAUGUCAACUUUGUAACUGCGGUACUAACCCAACAAUCAUCACGUUUACAAAAAAAAUGACACAUUUUUUCCCUCGCGUUUUUCAUGUGAUGUUACUCGUGAUGUGUUUGUUUUUUUCUCCUCUAAUAUAACCCAAUACAUUUUGGAUUUCACUCAAGCGUCAGGUGCUGCUCUGAGUAAGAAAAAAAAGCAGGGGCGUGAUCUUCAAUAAAACAUCCCAGCUAGAUAAGGCCGCAACGGACGUCUCCCCCCCUUCAUCACUUCCUCAUCAGCGGAAUCUCACACGCGACAAGCUCCUUCUUAUCCCAGACAUCCCUCAUGGCGGUGACCAGCCAACCAGGCAGAUAUCCAGCCUCGGACUUCCAGACCGGCUUGUGCGACUUCUGCGACGAUUGUGGAACUUGCUGCUACGGCCUGUGGUGCUUCCCGUGCUUGAGCUGCACCAUCGCCGGCGACAUGGACGAGUGCUGCCUGUGCGGCCUGAGCAUGGCCAUCCGCAGCGUCUACCGGACCCGCUACAACAUUAACGGUUCCCUGUGCAGCGACUACAUGGCGAACGCGUGCUGCCUGGUGUGUGCCACCUGCCAACUGAAGCGAGACAUCGACCGGAGAAAGGAACAAGGCAUCUUCUGAAAAAAAAGGAGGGGGCUCCCAAGCCAAACCUCCUGACCCGGUGCCAUCAUCUCUGCGAAGUGCGAAGCGUCUUUGUGUAUGAGCGUGGAGGUGGCGUUGUUUCAAUAAAACAGCUUUUAAUUGGGA